AUGAAGAUCCUGUUCGGUCUCGCUUUUCUUCUUUGCAUUUCAGUUGGUAAGUCACGGCUUUAGUCCGUUUCUAUCUCUUCAGUUCUUCCCAUUAAAUUAAGGACAAUGCUGCAGGAAUCUUGUCCCGAAAUACUCGCGGCUUCCUCUGUUAGCGUGCUUUAUCUUCUCUCUCUGAAUAUAGUGGUGGGCGCGCAAUUUUAAUUACAUUUUAACCAUAAACAUCACCAACUUUUUUUCUUCUUCUCGCGUUACGAUUUGGUUCGGUAAAUUGAAGUCUAAUAAGAAAGUACAUUAUUGGACCUGACAGAUCUGGGUGGCUUUCAGUUUCUCCCAUUUGGGUGCGAACAACAUAACGUUUCUGUUAGGAAUAAUUUAGCACACGGUAUUGAUUCGCGCUUUUAUUCUUUCCAGUAAUUUUCUUCACCAAGGAGUAGGAGUAGUAGUAGGAGUUGUAAGCGAAGUCGUAAGAGUGAAGGAAUCGGAGUCGGAAGAAUCAAAGCAUUUCCAUUGUUCCCACUCCGCUUAUGACUCCGUCGCUUGCGACCUACAGAAAACCAGAUUUUUGGAGUCGGAAGCAGAAGCAGAAGGAUAAACCAAUCACAACGCUCGUUUCCACGCUUUGUAACUGGUUUCGUUCUUCUACUAGUGCUUGCGACUCCGACAACCCUCUGGCUUGUUUUCACUAGAUCGUGAGCAACGUUCGUAAGUGAAAUAAGAACGCUGUUUUUACUAGAUCAUCACGCUCUACGCUUCCGCGAAAACCAGUCUUUACUGACCAUGCAAGCUUGUUUGAACAAGAUGGCUGGAUUUUGGGCAAGUUAUGUUUUUGCGUUUUUAUGCCUGGAUUAAAAUGCAAUAAAGCCGCAUGGGGCAAAUAUCCAGGAUGUCUUGACCGAACAAGCUUAAUCAAGAAAGGAUUUAAUAUGUGGCCAAAGAAGAUGUUUAACUGCGGUGACAUAGCGGAAAAUCCCGAGCGGGCGGGCAAGAUAGGCUUAUCUUGCUUACUCGGGUAGGCAUCUAGAACACAGGAUAAGCUUCAUCUUGCACUGAUAUUGCCUCAGUGUCCGCGGCACCAGGCAUAUAGUAAGGACACUUUCAUAGAUGAAAAAUAAGAUCGGCAUGUUUGGUCCAAGUCUCCGAGAAUCACAGAUUAGCACAAGUCACUACACUGCUUGCUGAUAAUUCUUUUUAAAUCUAGCGCGGCGAACCAGAUCUCCAACGUAGAGGUUGCGCUCUAAGCUUCGUUUCAUCGUCAUAACAAUUUGUAACCGCGCGAUUCCUUUCUUCUCACGCCAAAAAAUUAAAGCAAAAAUACUUUUAUACCGAUAGGUUCGGUGUGUCAGCCCUUGAAGGAUCAGGUAGCCUGAGAACAAAGCCGACAUUCCGCGACGCCACCACUGGUUCCGACGUCAUUUUGCGGGGAAUUAAACCAGAGGUGGAGUCGCAAAAUAUCGGCUAUUUUGUCAGGCUAAGAAUGAGACUCCUUGCUAGUUUUUUUUUUAAUAUUUGUUUAUAUUUUCAAGCUUAUUCCCUGAAAUGCAAGCUUUGUUUUUCUGCGGAAAGCUGGGAUGACUGCAAAAACACGACAAAAGAGACAACCUGUAUGGACGACUUUGAUCGUUGUGUCACACAAGAAGGAAAAUCUGAGAGCCCGCAAAAGACAGUUAAACUCUUUGCCAAAGGAUGCGCCACUUCAUCACUAUGCAGGCUGGGCCAAUUGAACUGCAGACCGACCGACCCCUCAACGAAAAUCACCAAAUGCGAAGUCAACUGCUGUGAAGGUGACCUGUGCAAUGGAGACGACAAUGAAGCCGACAAUGGAGCCAAAGUACCAAUAGUCAGCGCCAUCAUGCUUUUGGCAUGCGCUUUUGUCGCUUUUGCUCGUUAG